CGGUUAAAUAAGCGUGAAAUGCGUUCGUGUAAAACAUCAUCAAACAGCACCGCAUUUCGGUUUCAUUUAGAAAACAUUUCAGAAUUUUCGGUUUGCUUUUUCUAGAGAAAAUUUCCUUUCGGGAGCUAUAGGUUGUUUCAUUGAAGAUUGCGCGUAUAAAACGUUCAAUCACAGUCGUUCGCUGUUGGAUCUGUACCAACUCACUGUUACCAUUUGUAACGAAUCAUAACUUACAAGUUACACCGCACAGAUCAACUUGACAAACAGAGAUUGAUCAAGGGAGCUUUAAAAUUCAAAGUAAGUAGAUAUCGUAAGCAGUAUAAAUUCUUGUAGUAAGUUGUUCGAGUAGUUUAGUUGAUAGAUAUUGGUUGGCUUAUCAGCUUUAAACAGCGAUAACUUAACAUAACAGCUAUUUUGUUAUGGCAAGAGGUCUCUUUGGCUAACCCUAGCCUAUAUAUAUAUAUAGCCUAUAGUAAAUAAAGUUUGUUCUGAGUGGUAUAUAGACUUAUUUCACUAUUUGCCGGAUUUUGUUUUUAUCAUAAAGUAUAGUUAAUUACAAAAUGAUAUUGCAUUAUUAAUACCAUUCUGUUAACGCAAAUUUUUUAAACGUAUAUUAUGUUUCACAGUUACAUAUUAAUAUUAUAAAUAUUGUCACUGUAAUUUGUACACCGUGCACACUGUAGUACAUGUAUAUUGCGAGGAUUGUACUGCGUUUUUUUUAUUCUGUACAUGUACACUGUAUUGUGUAUACACUAGUCUAUUCGUGACACAAUGCCUGCGUGUCCUCUAUACUGCUAUAUACACUGUAAUCUUCAUUUUGUGUAUUCAUGCAGUACUGUACAGUAUUCUGUACAUUGUAAUCCGUAUUGACCUGUAUCAGUAUCGUAUUUUCUGACUUAAUUAAAUUUUGAUUUCAAUAUCCAUGUCAUAUUGACAGAAAUGAAGCUAUCUGUUUCGACGUUGCUUCCAAAUAAAGGCGCGUUACAUUAACUGCAUCGAAAUAUUAUACUAAACAGGAUAAUAAUCGACGGCAACAAUCGCAGCAACACAAAUAAUCGAUUUGUCCUAUCAAAACAUCCGAGUAAAAAAAUUCAAUAGUUGACUAUAUUUUCCCGACAUGAUGACUAUAUAACUUGUGCCGUUUACCCGAACAUACAUAGGUCUGGCUAUUUUACUCGAGGCGCCGAAUCCGCCGAUGGCUCACUUGGUUUCAUAAAUAGACUCUUGCCCGCAUGCACUGAUAUAAAUGUUGAAAGGACAACUCAACGAGUAUCACAACUUUGCCUGCAUGUUAUUCCAAGCUCAUAACAAGCGGGUACUGCACUACUGCAGACAGGAAUCUAAAGUCUGGUUUGCUCUAGCCUGUGUUCCCGAGUCCACUUCACCGUGGAAAGUUUGUCACUGAGUGUGAGUGUUUAACACUCAUGCAGUCAGUUCUCUCAAACAUUUCGUAGAAAUCCUUCAAAACAUACAAUUUAUCUAUGAAAAAUUCCCACUGACACUGUGAUUACAGAAAAGGGGUUAUAGUGCAUGUAAACACAAGCCUGUGGCUGUAUAUACUAUCGUUCUUCUCGACUCGGCUGUAUACAUAAACUGAGCGAAACAAUGCAAACAGCAUCGAUUAUUGAAGUUUUGAAACUGGUCUUAACAAGAGUUUUCAAUGGUCUCUCAACUCUUUCGAAUCAAAGUUCAGGUCCUCAUGAGGAAUGGUUUGUACUAUAUCGUUCUUCGCGGGUGUAUAUACAUAAACUGAAUGAAACGAUGCUGAAACAGCAUCGCGAUUAUUCAAGCUCAGUAGACCACAGCGAGACACUCAGCAAAAGAAAGAUCACCCAGACACCCACAAACGUGCCUGACACGCAGCAGAAACAAAGCAUGCGCGUGAAGUAGGAAGAAUCGCGCAAAAAUUCUAACAAUUCCUAUUUCGAUUCUUGCCGGCGGAGAGCCUAUAUAUAUAGACCUAUAGUUGCCUAGUUUAUCGUAACUGCUCCUGGUAGGUCUAAAAAUGUAUCUACUGAAUUUGCUUUCGAAAAUUCCGUCUACCGAAAAACCUUAACCAUUACGCAUUGAUUUAUGGAACUUACGUGAGACUCCGUAACCCGGUAUCAGAGUGAAGUGCGGCUAGCCGCCUGAACGUUUAAGAAAUCAUUAUCAACUCAGAUCAAAUAAAAGGUUACAGUUUUAGGAAGAAAUAUGGUAUAGCUACUGUGUAUCAGGAUUUUUGAACAUCUCACUUGAUAGAAGUAAUUGUUGAGGGGUUUUUGUACAAUUUAAAAAGUAGUUAAGAGUUUUAUUGAUGCAUGGAGAUUUCGAUUUAUUAUUAGACCAUUACUGAACUAGGAACAUUGCCAAGACUGGCAUGAGCGUAUUUUCAUUCCAACUUUCUGAACAGUUGAACUAACGUUUCUUUGCUGCUAAAGGUUAUUUCAGAUGACUAUAAUACUCUUCAUUAUAUUUCUGUAAUCAUUUAAUGUAAUUGUAAUUUUAGAUAUUAUUGAGUAUAUGUGUUUUUUUUUAGUGUAAUAAAAUUUAUUGUAUUGUAUUGUAUUGUAUUGUAUUGUAUUGUAUUGUAUUGUAUUGUAUUGUAUUGUAUUGUAUUGUAUUGUAUUGUAUUGUAUUGUAUUGUAUUGCAUUGCAUUGCAUUGCAUUGUAUUGUAUUGUAUUGUAUUGUAUUGUAUUGUAUUGUAUUGUAUUGUAUUGUAUUGUAUUGUGUUGUGUGGACAGUUCACUGGAUAUUUCGUUCAUGUUUCUCGCUGAUUCGUUGCGAGACCGAUAAGGCGAUAAGGCCCCGUUUACAGUAUUAUUGUCUAUACCCGGCCGGAUUCGCUCGUCACGACAUCUUCUUUUGCCGUUACUAGAGGAGCAAUGACUAGCAGCAAAUGCUUAUUAGUUUGACAGAAUUGGCAUGUUUAUUUGGGUCUCUGAGAUUAAAAAUCUUCACAGCCUUUCAAUACCUACAAAAUUUGACCCGCUCCGAUAGCAAUCCGGUAUAGUGUAAACAGGGGCUAAAACUGAUGGAUCACGAGUUUCCUUUAGCUUACAAGGACAAAACAUAAAGGAUUUUUCUUUGAUUUCCUUUUGUUCUGCCUCAGUUUUAUGCUUGCAGUCGUUUACGUUGAAAUUUACUGUAUUUAUGCCCGUUGUUUUCUCUUAACAAAAACUGUUAAUAACACAUGGUUCCUAGUUGCUUGUCAAAGAAAAUUUACUCCAACUUCUAUGAUACACGAACACAAUUUGCGAGCCGGGCUCUAAUCAUAAACUUUCUGUUCCAAGAACCUUAACUGAAUCCUUAAAGAAAAGCUUUACUUAUAGAGGGGCUACCCUAUGGCACGACAUAAGGCCCGUCGAACUCGCUAUAGCUCAAUCUCUCGCUGAGCUAAAAUUUCUUAAUGAAUUGUAUUAUAUUAGUUUAUUUGCAUAUGUAUAGUCUGUAGCUCUUGUAAAUAUUAUGAUAUUUAUUUAUUAGAAAUCAGACCAGAACAGAACAGAACAGAACAGAACAGAACAGAACAGAACAGAACAGAACAGAACAGAACAGAACAGAACAGAACAGAACAGAACAGAACAGAACAGAACGUGAAUUUACCACUGAGAUUGCGGAAAGAAAAUUUAAGCAUAUCAGGAUUAUAGCCGGAAUUUUCUUAGUUUCACAUUUCAUUUGUUAUAACUCUCAAAUAAAACACUUUUUAGUCAGAGGCAAACUUGGACGGCAAGUCUUUUUUAUUUAAUUGUCUUGUCUUCCUUUCCAUCCAUCCAUCCAUCCAUCCAUCCAUCCACGGCGAGAUUCCAGGCGAGAUUCUCUCUAUCAUUUUUUGGGAGGAUUUAUUCUAUAUGACUCAUGUGUUAUGCUUAUAGCUAGGUUUAGAAAAUUACGGGAACCACUGAGUAUUUUAAUAAAAUAUAAAACAACGGUAACUCCGAAAAUAAACAUUUUAAAUUAAUAUUCUAGCUUUCGACUAAGAUUCAGUCAUGAUCAGAAGAUGAUGACUGAAUCUUAGAAUGGCUUGAAUCUUAAAUCUUAGAAUCUUGAAUCUUUGAAUUUUGUUCUGUUCUGAUGAUGACUGAAUCUUAGUCGAAAGCUAGAAUAUUAAAAUGUUUAUUUUCGGAGUUACCGUUGUUUUAUAUUUUAGGUUUAGAAGCUUAUAGUGUUAUUAAAUGCGCUAACAUAAGUUAAAUAACCUUUGCGAAGACUACUAACAUUCGCUCAAACAUUGGGACCACCAUCAACCAAAGUGGAAAAUACUGCAUGGUAUAUGUGUCAGUGUAGGCAAUAAUAAUGUCUUGAAUGUUGAAUGUCCGUAUUUUUAAGAAUAAAUAUAUUAGAAAUUUUACAUGCACACCAACAAUCUCUUAGCCAUUUGUAAUUGUAUUCAAGACAUAUAUAUACCGAACCAUAAUUUUAAUUAAAGUAAAUUUGUAAAUAUAGAUAUAUACUGUAUUGAUAGUUUAAUUUGUGUACUCGUAUUUUAGAAAUUGUUGUAUAUAUUAAUAUUGAAAUUGAGGGCUACAAGUUUAUUAGUAUACUUUUGUACUAUUACGUACUACCCUCUUGAAAUAAAGACUCUAACUAACUAACUAACUAACUAACUAACUAAGGCACUUCGUCGGCAGUGCCCUAUUGCCCUUUGACUUUGAAGGGCCUUCGCUCGAGACGUCGAAGUUCUCCUUGUAUUUUUCAGGUCGUUGCAUCAUUACUGCCCAAAACACUUUUAUCUCUGUUGUGUCCACUGUUGAUAGAUCGAAAUAGCCUCAUCUAUAGUGUCGCGGCUUUCGCAACCAAGUCAUAGUCUAGUCUCUAGAUGACUAGAUCUUUCAUUUCUAUAUAAAUCAGCCUUAGACCUUAGUCAUUGCAGAGAUAUGAUUACAUCGGUAAGGGCUUGAUAUGACAGCCAAGACCAAAUGGAAACCAUUCUUCACUGACUCCAUGCAGAGAUACGUUCGUGUAACAUUUUCAUAAAGCUGCUUGUGGAUUGCACGAGAGGAAUUCAAUUACCGCCUGAAAAAUACAAGUAAAAUUUCUACGUUUCGAGCGAGGGUCCGACGAAUGGCCUUUGUUCGAAACGUCGAUCCGUUUUACUUGUAUUUUUGUUGAAAUCCAUUCAAUCCACAGCUUUCUGAUGUUAUUGUCACCACGCUGGCCCAGACCAUUCGAAAUAACACAAGGCCGUCGGAAGUAAAAUAUUGGAGAGGGGGGGGGGGCUCAAGAAUAAAUCUGAAUAAAUCUGAAUUGCUUUCGCAAUUUUCUAGUUCUUUUGUGUGUUUUUUGCUUAUACAAAUGGUAAUUAUUGGGAGGGGGAGGGGGGGGGGCUCAGGCCCAUGACAGAGUCUGGUUUCCAAAUGGAAUUAUAAACAGACCAUAUACUGCCACUAUUUUUCACUAUUUAUCCUGCCAAGCAAAUGCCUCAUGAAACAAUCAUUUCAUGGCCUAUUAGGACAGCCUUCAUUUCAUACUAAAAACAACAAUAGAUACAUCCAGAAGCUACAAAUUAUAUAGAACAGCUGUGAACCAUUUGUAUUUUAAUUUUAGAUCAUCCACCAAAGCUAAGGAAAACUCAAAAAUGAAGAAAGUGCAGGCAGGAAUUACAAAGUUAGUCAAUAAAUUAUUAUUAUUAUUAUUAAAUUUGUCACAAAUAUUUACAAUGACACUAAUAAACAAUAUACAUAACAAGCUACAAGACAAAACACGUGAUUGGAAUGUGGAACAGGACUUACGUCCCAAUUAAUACCUCACCCCAUAUAUACUUCAUAGGCACUUUCUCGGUGUGAGAACAAACGAAAGCUUAACACUAGUCUGACCUUGAUCAUUAUUUAAAUUCUAACUGAUUUACGGUUGUUCUUACACCGAGCUAGUGAGUGAACUUUACUAAAUAUCAUUAGAUUUUAAUCCUGUCUACUGCUAUUACUAAAUUACCCACAUUGAGCAACUGUGAUGCAAGAAUGGAUCUGGAAAAUUAUGUAGAUGUUAAAUCUUCGUGACGUGCCCAAUUUAACGACAGACACAUGUCUGGAAACUGAUAAAAAUAUCCUCACUGCCAGGACCACCAUUGAAAAUCCGAUUUUCAUCAUUUUAAGACUUAUAUAAAAUCACGAGAAAUAAUCAUAAUCCUUUAUUAGCAAAUUUGCUGAAACACGAUUCUCGACUAAACACAUACAAGCGCAUUUCAUCAGUUGAUAUUACUCAUGUAUAUGAUAUUACUGUGUUUUAAAACGUAAUUGGGGGAAAGUAAUAUCUCCCAUAAUCCAUAUGCUAUGUACAGGCUAUUAUAAUACGAAGCUGGUUCAAUUCAUUGAUCAUUGUUUGUAGAAUGAUGAAUACUUUUUAAUCUACGCAUUUCUUCAAACCUUUGCGAACAUGUCGAAAUGUUUAUUUGCAAAAUUUUUUGCUGACUUUUUUAGUUCCCAUAAAAUAUUUCCCAUUUUAAGUGGUUCUUCCGAAUAGGAUAAUGUCUGAUAGUGUUUGCGCAAAUUUUGUGUUAACUUCAUAAAAAGUUCUAAAAUAGUAUUAACAGAAUAUUUAUUCCGGAUUGCAAAAUGCCCUGGACAGAAAACUAAAAAUACUUUGCGCGCAGUUGUGCGUCUGCGUCUGCCCGUAACUUUAGAAGUUAGUUCCUGUUUCGUUCACUGUCAUUGAUCGACAUCGAAGGUAACAAUUAACAUAAGUCACGCGAGAAACUAAUACUGUCAUGUGUUUAAUUGCAGCUGAAAAAUCAAACAGUAAGCGAAUUAUUAUGGAGAACAGUAGGAGUUGUCAAAACUCAAAAUAAUGAAUAAACAAUUUAAUUGAACAUUCCAAUUACUGGAUCACGUGACUGGAUGCGUAAAUGCUAUGCUACCCAAUUUACCUGUUUUAUACAGUUCACUCGUACCAGACGCAACAACUCAUAUCCGACGAUACAUCAAGAACUCACUACGUCAGCGUUGCACGAAUGAGUUUCCAAUCAGCCUAUUCGCGCAUCCCGGCCAUGAUUUCAUUAUUUUCUUUCUUAUGCUUAUUAUAAAGUUUAUCAGUUUAAGAGUUUAUUGAGUCUCUCACUCAUUGGUGAGCGGAUUGCACAACAGGCUAUUGCCCAAUUGAUAGGGGAUCUGAGGUACCUACGAUUUUAACGUCCUUAUCCGAGAAGAUGCGAGCGUCUAAUCAUUUACUGAUGUCAACUAGGUAGCACUUUCUCCUCAAUUAUUUUAAGACCUUGAGUAGAGGAUAAAGUACAUAUAGGUACGAGGCAAAGUUUUGGCAUGUAUCUAUCUAUUCAAGUAUUUUAAUUAAUGAACUAUCUAUAUAAUAAACCGUUAUCUAUCAAUCAGCUCGUACACAGGGCUUUGACCAGUUUAGGCUUAAUGUCUAUUUAAUAACGCCUCAUGCAGUAUGUAAGCCGUGCUUCGAGGUCAAAUGUGCUCUGCUCUAAUUAUAUAUCGAAGCGGAAAGGCGAUAUGAACCUCAUUGAGCAUUUGGCCCAUAAAUGAAUGCAAACAAAUCUUGCAAAUCUUAUUUACUAAUCCGUUAAAAGCUCUUAUUUAAAUCCGUUCAAUAAACAAUAAAUGGUUCCUUAAAUCUGCGCACACCAUAGGCAUAGAUGCAGAUGACUUAACUAAUCAUCAUUGGUGUAGGUCAGCCCAGCAUGCAUAGCCUGCAAGUUUUUUUUAUUAAUAUUGUUUGAGGAAUUUUGUGUUUAAAAAUAAAAAUGAUGCCUGGCCAAGAUAAGAAUUAACGUUUGCUACUUUUUUGUUGUGUCCAUAAAUUUGGCUGAAAACUGAUCUGCACGAAAGGUCUAGUUGCACUCAAAUGACGAUACUGCUGGGGAACCAAAUUUCAGUUAUUUUAUAAAAAUUGGUAUACAAUCUUAAGGCCCUGUCACACUAUUGCGUAUGAGAGAAACGUAUGAGAAGCGUAUGAAAAUUAAUGCAAUAAUUUUCAUACGCACAAAAAUCCUUUGAAAUGCCAGCGUAUGAGUACCGUAUAUCUGGCGUACCUCUAGCGUAUUCAGCGUGUGCCUAGAGUAUGUUUAUCGUAUAAAGCAUACGUCCGAUACGCACAAAAUUUUUGAACACGCUUAAAAAAAAUUUUCUGCCUUGCCGUAUGCCACCGUGUUUGAAACAUAUACAACCUAUGCCUAACGUACCCCUAGCGUAUGUCUGCGUAUACCAGCGUAUGAGUGAUAUUUUUCAUACACUGGCAUCGGCUAGUACGAUACGCAAUAGUGUGACAGGGCCUUAAGAUCGUUGCACAAUAUAUGUUGGGUUGCAGUAUUUUCUAUAAUGGUCUCAAAAACACGCUUUCCUGGUAGAAGUAAUGGAACAAUGUCGCAAUAUUUAUUAAAUGUGAUAACAAAGGUUUCACCACAGUGCCCCACCCAUAAUGGGAUUAACCCAUAGAUAUUAACACUUAUUUGGGAAAAUACGUAAAUGACGACACCUUCUAUAACCCUGGUGCUUAGAUACAAUUUUGGACAUAACAUAACCUCAGACAGGUGGAUCCGAGGGUCGAUUUCCUUCAGACUAUUUUUUUUAAGUCACGCACGCCUCUGAUAACCUCCGUGUUAACAGUACAACAUGUCACACCAUAAGUGACGCUACAGCUCAAUGUUGAGCUUGUGUUAUUGUAAAUGAUCAAAUGUUGCUUGGAGGCUGUCCACAACAUUGUUCUGGGGACUGGGACUUGGAGUGGGAAUAUGAAGUGUGACUUGUCAAUGUACACUGUAACUUUGUAUUAUUUCUUGCCUUUGGCUAAUUAGUCUUGUAGCUUCACUGAGCGUCAGAAUAUAUGAUAACAUACACAAAGGGAGCGUCGCUUCCAAAGCGACCAAAUGCUAUUUCCAUUAUAUAUAUGUGUUUACAACCAAAUUGACGGUCAGGGAACAAUUCUGUCCUUUCGUGACGUGUUUCAGUUGGCUACAAUCCUACCAUGUGUUUCAAUAUCCAACCUAGUGAAACCUACUACUGUUGUGUUCUCUCAGUCACAAAGAUUUCGAUUAUUAAUACUAGUUCGAGGAUGCAAAUGUUUCUGUUUUCCAAAUUCUGCAAGUCUGAAUUAUUCUGAAUUUUCCAUAACCUUCAGAUCUGACCUUGUUUUUCAACGUAUGACGUCAUUAUACACUUGAUGCUUAUUGUUCCCACAUGCGGUGUCGUUUGAAGUCCAACAAGGAGCAACUCUUAUCUCCCUUCAUUAUUUGUUCUGUGAAGCCAAACUGAAAUAACGCUUUCUGGAGAUUUUCUUCGGCGUUCUUAAGACUAUCUAUCUUAGGUAAUCAUCGAUGAAGUGGGAUCUCUUAAUCUUAUCUAUAAAAUAGUACUUUUAUUAUCACUGGUUAAUGCUAGGAAUACAGAGUAGCUAGGAACGCUUAGUUUUGUCCAGAAAUAAUAUUGUCAGCUAUUAAUUAAAAACCUUAUACCUGAAACACAUUAAGAAUUUUGAAGCUUUACAAAUCGUCUUUUGUUGGAAGGUUCUCACGCCAUUUUCUUACAGUAUCCUUCAUGUGUUUGUACUAUCCCUUCCCUUUUCUCCUUUUAUCUCCCCUCCCUUCCUCCGAGCGCUGCUGUACGCAGCUAGCUACGUGCUUGAAGUAAGGUUAAAUUAAGGAGAUAUUUGUCUGACUAACAGUCUCUACUAAUUAAGAAGGAUCUCUCUCGAAUCUAACCCAGCAAGGUCAACAGGGCAACGAGUUCCAAUGUAACAACAAACCUAUUUUUCACACUGAUUUUCAUCAGAUUCAACAAAUAUAUUCCACAUAUAAUCUGAUUACCAUUUUAUUUAAUAAAAAACGGAUUUCAGGAGGUUUUUAAGCCUGUUAUGCUGUAGUGUAUCGAUUAAACACUCAAUUUUGAAAAAGGAUAAAUAUAGUAUGGCAUAUUUUGACUUCACGACACUAUUCACAACAUUAUCCAACCACGGAAACAACUAAAUAAAUACUUUCGGACCUCUCUAAUACGGACGUAGAAAGGACAAAGCAUCCGCAUUAAAGAGGUGUUAUGCAGAGGUUUUAUGCAGGUUUUUCUAAUCAAAAUAUAUUAUGCCACAUAUUGAAAACUGUCUCAUCAGAGACAAAGAUGUCCAUAAGUAAUGCUUAGGCUGAUUGUUUUCCAUGCAUGCCCAGUGUUUACAAAGUGCGCGGAUAUCGCUUGAGAAAUCACCAGAUGUACGUGUACUGUACAAGAUGCCAAUUACUUUCUCAUGCAUCUUAUACACAAAUCUUCCUAGAUUUGCAGAUUUUUCGAUCGCGUGACCGCGCGCGUUUUGGCAGAAUCCCAAACAGUUAUGUUUUUAUAAGAAUCAUACGACGCAUGCAUUCUAUGCAUUCCACUAUAGGAGAUUUAAUACGUGCGUUUUCGCACUUGCGCAAACAAGGCUAUCGAUCCUAGCUACAGCGCAUUUUAUUUUAAUUAAGCAAACAUUUGCACUGUUUGACAAAUUUGUAGUCAUGGUUUUACGAUUAAUUUCGGCAUUUUCCCUGGCCGCGCAAGGAGGAAGACUUCACGAGCAUUUGACUCCAGGCUAAAGAACUUAAGUAAAGCAACCGGACAUUCUUUUAAGCCUUCGAGAUAUCGCAUAUACAUAAUCCCGGAUUUUGUUCCUGAUCUGUUCAGAAUGAUAGCAGAUUGUUAUUGAAGAAUUUUUUUAAACUUACAAAUGAAGUAACGGAUAUUUGCGUGCCACUCACGAGAGUACAAGUACAAAGGAACGAAUUCAGGUGGUAUAAGGUAGUGUUUUGGUUGAUUCUCAAGAGCCCGGCCUAAAUAAAUUUCCUUUGGUUACACCGUCAAAUAUUCUACCAAACUAUCACAUGUUUAGUUAUACGUUAAGUUAGUUCCGUCUUAUUUAGUUCGUGAAACUAUGUUUGUAUUCAUGAACUUUAUUCUAUGAUUCUAUGAACUAUUAUACAUUUACACAUUUACAGUAUGUGUACCAAAAGUUGGUCCAUCAAAUACUAUCAAACACCAUUCCGCUUUGCGUCAAUUAUUUGCGAGAUGUCAUGCUGUGUCAUGCGUCAAUUGGUUUAACCCGUUCUCGCGGUAUAUAUAUAUAUAUGGUGGUAUAAAUACAUAUGUUUUAGUAGUGAUUGAAACAAUCGAUGCAACUCCGCCCAUCAGAGCCUGACCUAUCAUACUUUAUGUUAAUAUGAUGUCUGUAUAUCCAUAUUACAGUGACUACAGCAAACACGUAGCGCAGUUUCGCUAUGACCAGAACUUGGAUUAUAAUUUAAACUCUUUCCAAUGGCCACCAAGUGACGCGAUAAACCAAAAUAAACAAAACAACACGAGUGAAGCAGUUACCUUAUAUCCUGCUGCUAUCAGAGAAUUACCCCAGUUUGAUCAGGAGGAGAUGUUAAGUUGGUAUCAAACAGUUCCACUACGCCAUGACCCGCAAGACUUCGACGGCAAUGGAACAAUACAGGAACUGCAACUUAACAGAAAAGGUAAGAAAAAUACUUGGAAAUACGGUCAAAUACCUCUUAGUAACCGAUUAUAAACCUUAAGUGAUUUCUAAAACAUCUGAUACGAAUUUCACGAAAACAAAUUGAACCAACUUCUCAAAAUGUAAUGUAUUAAAUGCUUUGCAUUUCGUGAUCAUUGCCAAGUUACAAUUCUCAUUGUCCUAAGUUGUGUUGGGGUCAUAUUUUACUUUAACUAUAACGCCUAAUGAGAUUUAUGAAUCGGUUGCGCGCAGCGUCAGAGCGAGGGAAGUAAAAAAAACAAAGAUGAUAAACACCUAUACACAUCAUAAUGAUAAUAUAAUCUAGUAGUAUAUAAUGGAAAGCCUAACGGCUUGUGUUAGGAUGGGAAUCAGAAGUUUCUAGCUGAUUUUGUAUAGUUCUACGACAAACAUUCUGAAGCCAUUUAACAUAAUAAUCUUAAUUAAUUCACCGGCGAUAUCAGGAAUGGUUUAAUAGCGGGGUAAGCAUAGUGAGACUAACAUUUUGAAUUCAAAAUAAUCAAUUGUCAUGCUUAUAUACCAAUGACAUUCUGUCAUUCAAGUAAUUUUGAUUUGAAUCGUUAGAGAGAACUUUCCCCAUCUUUUUCACGUUUACAACGUCUUAGUUUUGUGUAAAAACAACGCAUAGCCUUAUUUUGCGUGAGCCUGCCUUUAAUAAAUAUACUUUCUAAAGUCACAGUUAAUUAAUCAUAUGUAUUAAUUAAUGAUAUGUAUAUUACUUCCAGGUAACGACUUUAGAGAGCACUUGACUAAAGUGGCAAUUUGUUAACAAAAUUAGGCUUUGGUUAUGUUGGUAUAAUCAUUCAUAGUUAACAAUCUGCUUCGUUAUAACAACAUAGAAGCAAUCAAAGGGAACAAUUAUGUCUUUGUACCAAAAUUAAUUGAACGAAACCAAUACCAUAUAAAGUCUAGUUCUUUCAGCUUUCAUUACCACUUUACAUUGAAGUGUUAUUUUAAACACGUUAUAAAUAAAUGGGAUAAUCCCUCUCUCAAUCGUUGUAAUCUCAUUUUAAUAAUCACGCUAUGUUGCACGUUGGUUUCUGAUCACGCUAUAUAGGCUAUAGGUUUAUUUUCGAUUCACUAUUAUCAAGUAUAUAGGAUUAUGGAAGUUAUUUUCCAAUAGAAUAAUAUGUUGACAUUGCAUGUUUUAUAAAGAGGCAUUUAUCUGUCACAGGACUGGACGAAUUCAGAACUCAAAUUUCUACGAUUUCACCUUCCGAGUUCAAACAUGACGCAUGAAACAAAACACAUUCGAGCACAGCUAGCUAUAGGCGCAUAAACAUGCGCAAUAUCUGAUUCUGGUCAGCGCGCGUGUCAUUCUUGCACGUCAACGAUUUUUCUUGCAAACAUGGUUUAUCAAGAUAUCUUUGCAAAAUGCACGAAGGGCUUCUCAAUUAACAUAUAAAACAACGGUAUAAACUCCGAAAAUAAACAUUUUAACAUUCUAGUUUUCGACUAAGAUUCAAUCAUCAUUUCCUGAUGAUGACUGAAUCUUAGUCGAAAGCUAGAAUAUUAAAAUGUUUGUUUUCGGAAUUUCCGUUGUUUUAUAUUUUAAUUGAGAAGCACUUCGUGCAUUGUGCAAAGAUAUCUUGAUUUAUCGUUGUUUUAUAUUUUAUUAAAAUACUCAGUGGUUCCCAUAAUUUUAAGCUUCUCAAUUAUUGUAGGUGGAAUUUGCGAGUGGAUUUUUAAAAUACAUUCAUUAGAUCUAACCACGAGCAGUUGCGAUUCCGGCGCUCUAACCAACUGAGCUACAGAGAGACAGUUGUACAUGUCGAGCUCUAACCACAAGUUCAUGUAUACUUAUACUAAGAUUACGCCAAUGUACGCGGUGUAUUAUUAUUAGUACAAUUAGGCCCUGUUUACAUGAGACCAGGACGAAGUCAAACCGAAAUUAUGAAAAUUGAAAUUGUCAACAUGUUUACAUAAGUCUAUAAGACCGGUACGAAAAUCACAAAAUUUUCAAUUUAUUCCCCUUGCCAGGCAAUUUUCUUUUUCAGAUGGCUUUUGUUAGCAUGUGUUGUUCCAAUGUCAAGGUUACAGCUGAGACCGGUCUGAUAUGUAUUUGUGUUUACAUAAAUCCCAGCUGAAUUCAUGCCGGGCUGAAGUCAGUCGGCUCGGUCCAGCAGGCGGAAUGACUUGAAACCGGUCUAGUUAUUUUCGUCCCGGUCUAGUGAUGUAAACAUCUAUUUAAAUAAUACUAUGACCGAAACGAAAUGGUCCCGGUUUGACUUCGUUCCGGUCUCAUGUAAACGGGGCCUUAUUAGUAAUUAGAUCGAGAGAAAUGGCCAAAAUCCAGGUAAUGUAUUUACCCAUACUUCUAAUUAUCUUAAUUAUUUGGACAUUUAAUGUAACCUUCAAAAUUUGGUGACAAUUUACUGUAAUAGUAAAAGCAUAAAAAAUCACUUGCUGCAUAAAGUCCCUCCUUCCGGAAAGAACAAAAUAUUUUCUUUUUGUUGUCUAACCGCAUGAAUCUCCUUGUGAAACUAAUUCGUCCAAUCUCGUGUGAUCGUGGUGUAACUGGUGUUACGAUGCUAUUCGUGAAAACCCAGGCGAAAUUUACUAUAUAUCCAGGACAUUAUUAGAUCACCUCAGCCUUGCACAGUAAAACUAUGUCAAUGUACUAUUUUAACAUGAUUGAUAUGGAUGAAAGCGCACGAUAAAUUUGACUAUACCAUACAGACUUUAGAUCUAGUUGAGACAUCGAACCUUUUAUGUGACGAACCCAAUGCAAAUAUGUUCAAACAAAGAUAUUAACAUUAUGUUUGGCGAAAGAUAAGCACAAUGUUUGAAGCUAAGGCUAAGCCUUAAUGUCACCGACAUGACAUAUGCAGUGUGAGUAGUUUGUAUCGCGCAAUUGGGAUAUCGGGUGCGCAAUUUUGAUGCUUUCACAUAUAGGUGCGCAAUUUCCAAACUUUCCAAUAAAUAUGUACAUGAGAUUGUACACGUACAUGUGCAAUGUACAAUAGAGCAAUAGCUUCUAGCAAAUUAGGAAAUAUCGUGUUUCUGAUACGUGCGUGCACCCAUGCUGUACUUAAUGGAAUCGGCUUUAUUCCUUGCCAUCUUGGGUAUACAUUUAUCGCCUUGUGUGGUAGUAACCCGUGCGAAACAUCCACGUCAACUGUGUUUUGUCUACCUAUAAUUAAUAGUUUUCAUACUACCGCUAAUGGUACGUCAAUAGGGUCACAGAGUAACUAAAGGUCAAAAAGUUACUAUACAUUAUUGCAGAGUUACAUUUCCCCUGCCUUCAAAUCUUGCGGUUUAUACGGAUUGAAGUACGCAUGAUUCGACUAUGUCGCCGAGGUAGAACACGUUUGGAGCUAGUAAGGCCAGUACUGUUGGUACAUGUUUCUAACUGAUGGUGAAGCUAGCCGGAUAGGUCAUGCUUUGUAGAGGCCCACCGAGGGGUUAUGACCGACAGGCGACAUUCCUUAAAAAGAGGCGACAGACUAUCUAAAAAAGAGCGACAAGCGACAGCUUCUGAUUGGGAAAAAAGCGACAAAUUACGAGUUGUGUUAUGGGUCAAAAGUGACAGCGAUAUUUAUUACAAUAAAACAAGCGACCAAGCAGCUACAAAAUUAGUGACAAGCGACCUAGGUUACACCCUUGGUGGGCCUCUUUAUAGCCUUCCCGCAGCCCAAAUUUGCUUCGGACUGCUAGUCAUGCUAUAAUAUUCAAACCUUUAGAAAUGUAUCGUCUUUAACCUAUGUAGAUGCAAGUUUAUUUUACCAUUUGCCACGGCUGGCUUCGCCACUGGGGAAUAGUCCGAAUUAUUAAUUUAUUUCAUAUAUAGUUACAUUGACAUUUUAUAGAAUUUUUUAUAUCAAAAAGUUGCGUGCCAAUUAUGAAAAUUAAUUGACUCUGGCAUUUAAUAGGCGUUGAGAUCACUAAGAUAUUUGCUAUGUACAGCAGUACAGAAGUUAACUUUUUUAUCUUUAUGAUAUAUUCUAAGACUUCAUGCAACUACUUAAUUGAGUCUUGACUCUUGAAUGAAAUAAACUGCCACGAGAAUGACCCCACUUUAUUCGUCGAGUAAUUAGUAGUCAAUAGGUCAGCGGAUAGACAGAUUAAUUUCAAUAUAAAUUGUUUAUUUUGGUAGUUUGCUGUUAGUUCACUUAGUUGGAUGUAUUCGUGAUAGCGUGUGAGUUUCAGCACGUCAGGAAUGUAGCAUGAGCGGUCGCAUGACUUGCAUUGUAUGAGAUAUAUUCGUCUAUAUACUGUAGAAUGUUCGUUUAUGCUGCUUUAUAAAUAUAAGUUCAAUAUUAGUUUAUGCAAAUCACUCUGAUGAUUUUGUUUCAAACAUUCAGGAUUCUUCUCGGUCAUGAUUUCCUUUGACAAUGCUUUGUUCAUGAAUUUUAACGAAAUCACGAUCAAUUGGUAUUCAAGAAUAUAUAAAAGUCUGACUGAGUUCCUAGUAAAAACCUGGUCCAACUAUUAAGACUGAGAACUUUAGCUCGAAUGAGUGAAAAAUCAUUCAAAACCCAGCCAAAAUUUUUCCAGGAUUUUGCGCAUUGAAUUUCUGUUCUUACUAUCCACUGGCAUUGUUUCAAAAUACGGAGUCUUCAGUUAAAACCUAUACCAUUGUUCCAGAGGUUCUUGUGCCGCCAUAUUAUAAAUUACGUAUGCGAGAAUAGGGCGGAAAAUACGAGAACCUCUGGCAACCGGGGUAGUUAAAACUCGGCAUUUUGCCACAAAUGCACAAUUAACUUUCCGGAUGUUUCUAUCAGAACAAUAGUCAGAUGGUUGCAUUAUUACCUUUUUUAGCAUGUGUGAUAUGCUUAUAAGCUUUAUACACGGUUUAACACAUGCUUGUCUUGUGUUUACCACUAUACGCGCAACAUGGGUGCGUUGUUUAGAAUUUCCAAUACAUGAAAUAAAUCAUAUUGGUAAUACUCAUGAUGAGUAAAACACAAAAGAAACAGCACUGACUCGUUGUCUUUGAUAGCAUGAAAUUUCAACAAAUAUAAAAUCACCUUUUAUUCAAGGUUUCAUUUGUGUCAGUGUGCUAUGGUGUUCGAGAAAUGGGUUAUAUUUUCAUGUUUCAACAGGGUUAGGUAUUAGGAAACAAAGGAAUGUUACAGAAAUACUUCACAUUUCGUGAAUGAAAAACAGGCGUAACUCAAACAAGAUCUUCUUAUUGAUCAAGCACUGGCACUCAAUCUAUUCCGUAAUAUGAGAUUGUUUUGAACUUGUCCUUCUUUGAUGACCAAAAUCACCCGAAGCUCCUUCUGCCCAGAGGCUAUGAACGUCAAUGCUGAUAACACAAAAUAAAUAGGCCGCACAAAAAUGGUUCCCAUAUCAGAUGUUCAAAUGAGAUACACCAUAGAAUUAACUUUUGUGCUCUGAUUGCGGGAAGAGAAUGGGUAAAAACAUCCCACCCGGGGGCGUUAUCUGUUCCAGAAUUUCAAUUUAUCAUAAGGUGCGUCAAAAAGCUCAUACAGUUAACAGAAUCUUUUAGCACCUGAAUGUUACAUUCAUUCAUUCAUUCAAUUUCAACACUUAUUUUAUUGGAACCUAUAACAUGCCGUAGGAUUUUCCUUAACUUUAGAAAGAUACGCCGGAUAAGAAAAACAAUUGCAUACUAUAACUACCUCAAAUUCCUUCCCUUAGGCUCCAGAUUGCAAAUACUCGACCAUGACCAGAUAUUGAGACUCUUUUACUCGUUUUGGUACCGCUUUAAGAGGAGUUUUUUUAUGUUAUAUAUACGUAACACGCGCUCAAAACUAAUGAGUAUAUAAUAUACCACUUACGAUUAUGACUAUACAUUCAGUUUUUUUAUUUUUCGAUACGUAAUUUCUCGACUGGCAAUGGCGGCAAACAAACGUAAAAAGUAUGUUUAGUACUUUAACUGUAAAAUAAUGCUAGAAUGUAAAUAUUUAGAUGGUACGCCAAAGAAAAAAUGACGUCUGAAAUUCAGAAAAUUUUCCUUAUAUUGCUGUCAAUAUAUGGCGUCACGUUUAAAGAUCUUUAAAGCAUCAUUGUCAUUGAUAUAAUUGUAUUUUAAUUGACAAUUUAUUUCCAUUAUAUGUUUCUCAACCGGCAAAUGCAUUUAAAAAGGUAGCCAACUGUAUACACUAGAGGAAAGAGCUAAAACAAAGCAAUUUUGAGAGGUAUGCCAAAAAGAUUUUCGGUUUUGAACACUUUUCACCGCAAAUAUCAAGAUUUUGUUGGCAUCACAUUCGAUUGAAUAAUAGUUGAAGGGUAUUAUAAAUGGAAAUUAUCGAGUGGAAUUUGGAAAUUUAUGUACUGUUUAAUAAACGAGCAGGAGUGUUUUAUUAUGUUUAAAGACACGAGCGCGCAGCGCGAGUGGCUUUAGACAUAAUAAAACACGACCUGCGAGUUUAUUAAUUAAACGGCUUCAAACACGACUACAAAUUCAAUAGAUCUUUAUAUAAAGAAUACUAAUGAGGACACCACUACAAUAGAUACUGCCUUAUUAGUAUUCUUUAUAUAAAGAAUACUAAUUAGGAGUGUUUUAUGAGGUUAUGCAAUAACAAAGGUUAACAGCUAGGGAACCAAGCCUCGUUACGUCGGCACAUCAUGUGACCAAAAGGGGGCCGGGCGAGUAUGUAAUAAGAGGUUGGCCGCGCAUUGGUGGUAUUAGUAAUCAUUGUGCGUUGGAAGCGUAGUAAACGGAUUAGGAACAAAGAUUUUUUUUUCUCUCCUGUUCUUUUAUAUUUCCACCAAUUGUUAAUUGGUGUGAAGGUGUUAGCCCUGCGGGGGUGGUCUGCUCAAGAUACCACUGGCAUGGAUCUUAACCCGAGUCCAAGUAACAGUAGUACCAGUAGUCGUUCCAGGCCACCCCUCGGUCACCCGGGCUAACACCUCACCAUCCAAACGGGUAAGUAUGGUGAACGAAGGUGUUAAAUCAGGUUUAAAGCCACUGCACGUGACAUAUUAUGGUUGACAUGCAUGAUUUGCCAAUAAGCUUAUUAAUUAUUAAUGAGUGUUUGAAAUACAUUUAUUAUAUACCUAACCAGGUUGACAUUUACCCAUAACCUAUACAUGACAGUACCCUAUAGUAUAUAUAUAUAUAUACAUGUGAGAUUCCGGUGGCGCUCUAUAGCCUCUAACCAACUGAGCCGCUACAGCUAGAGGCCGGCCAGUUGUCGAGCUCUAACCACAAGUACAUGUAUAUACUAGGGUACUGCCAUGUGUAGGUUAUGGUUAAAUAUCAACCUGGUUAUAGGUCUAAUAAAUGUAGGCUAUAUAAAUUUCCACUCCAGUCGAUAAUUUCCAUCUACAAUAGGCUAAUAAUAUAAUAGUUUUGUUUGUGGAAACAUACAAAGAACUUAUAUAGGCUAAUAAUAAUAAUAAUAAUGGCUUUAUUAGUAGUUCAUCCACAGGGUGACUCUUCACCUACAAAUUAGCCUACAAAUGUAUAAAUAUUAUUAUAUAGACAUAAUUACUCUAUAUAGAAUCGGACUAUGAAUAUAAGUGUUUAAUUAAAAAUAUUGAAUAAUGCUAUACGAACUAUAAAGUAUAGAUAUACAAACUAUGUACAUGCUAAAUUGAGUAUCCUUAUUACAACACAAUUAAUACUUCAUUAAGAGUUUGAUAAGGAAAUUUAAACUUUGCUUCAGAAGUGCGCAUAUAGUUACUGUAAUUUCUGAGUUCAGCAGGUAAUUUUAUAUUGAAAACCUGUGCUACCCUUCAAAUAGAAAAAAAUGCCUCUUGAAAAGUAAUAGCCAGGGACGCCGGAACUGGGGGGGCAGGGGUGGCACCCGCCCCCGUUUUCCUUCACCAGGAGGGGCAAGGGGGGCAAAGGUGCCCUUUCAAUUUAAAGGAUUGCCUUGGCGAAAUAGCGAAUUGUCAGAAUAUUAGUGCAAUUCAUUUACGAAUUUGCUUCAGAAAACGCAAGAAAUGCAGUCAUCGAACUUCAAGAAUAGCACAAUCGCCUGGCGGAGAACCCCCUCACACCCCUAUCAUCCAAUAAAUAGAAAACAUGAUUAGGCGAAGUUCAACUCCCGAUGUUUCACAAACAUCUCUUAGUAUGUAUCAAUUUAAAAGUGCCCUUUCACGAAAAUCUGCCCCCCUUGCCUUCACAUCGUUCCGGCGUCCCUGGUAAUAGCAAUGUUCCUGGACUAAGAAUCAGCGAUGGAGAAGAGAGGUUGUAAUAUAAUACGAAUAUAAUAAGAGUAGCGUUCAUGAUUGCGCGCGCAUCGCUACAAAUUAAGGAGGCAUGAAAAGUGUUUCCUGUUGACAUUGUUUCUUUGAGAUUUUUUGAUUGAGCUCGUUCCGACGCGAGUUCCGAAGGACUUUUGUUUUGUCUCAGUUCAAUGAUUUUAAUCCAAAAGCCUCAAGCAGUAUUGUCACUUAAAAGCCGCAGCUUCCGAUAAACAAAAGAUUUGACCUGAAAUCGUGCCGUUUGCGCAAAGAUCCAAAUUUAAAUUGCUGGUCUCCACAUGCAAACAGGUAGUUAUUACCGUACUAAGCUCGGUAAUUAGAGCGAGGUAUUUCGGUGAUUAGGGCGAGGCCUCGAGGUGGAAUCUUUUUGAUGUAGGAUGAGUUAACGUACGUGUCAUUUUCUUCCAAAUUUUUAGGGUAGUUGGGGGUUGCGUUAUUAAAACAAACCCAUGCAUAUAGUACAACGCAGAUGUUCUAAAACAGAUUGCAAUUAAACAACAUCGCUAGUCAACCGCUUGCGAACAAAACGUCGACUUUGGAUUUCGGACUAUUUAUGUAAAAACGGUAUAAACAAUUGCUACCCGAUUCUCUGGAAUGAAAUAUUUCUAGCUAGGUAUUUAUAAACAAGUGAAAAAGUGAAAAAAGUUGAGUCGGCAACCUUUGGUGGCAAAGUUAUUCUAUACACAACAUCCAAGCUUAGCCUGAAGGCAAUAAGAAGUGGGAGGGACCUUUCGCAUAUUUUCCCAUCAUAACAAAAACUCUGAUAAAAGAAGAGACAAUCUUCUGAUGAGUAUGACGCUCGCUUUUUUUAUGUACGGAGCUUUCUAUUGUUACAAAGGCACCUAUAGUUAUACUAUCCUCCGUGACUUUUAAGCGGCUUUCCAAAGCUGACCGUUGAUCGGGUAACCCAGGCCAAUGUCUAGUAAUGUUAUUAUCCGGCAAGCCUCGGUCAAACGAUUAAGAUGAGAGUUGAGAAGCGAGAGUUUGCAUUAGAGACAUUAUUUUUCGUAGCGAAAAAUAACUCUCAUCAAAAUUUGAACCAGUUCAUGAGAGUUCGUCGAUGACUCAUCUUCUUUACCGAGACUUAAGAUGGACCGCUCGCGAAGAAAAUCUCUUAAAUAAUAUAUAUUCCUAUGACAAGAAAUAUUCAUGUUCUUCAAAACAAUAUUAUGUUAAACUAUAGUUUAAAUCCCAGUAUUCAAUAUUUCAUUACUCAAUAAUUCAUGACUCGUGAGUAAAUUAGCCAACCAUAUUGCUUUAUUUUGCUCACAUGAUAAUACCUGGUGAAGUAUAUUGAUCCAACCCUAUAGCCUAGGGCUGGAUCAAAAUUAAUUCAGUUCUUAGACUGGAUCAAAAUUAACUCAUCUCCAUUUCAGUAGUGAUUUAUUCGUAUGAGAUGUCAUUUUAAAUCCUCCAAUUCUCCUCCUCCAAUUCUCCAAUCCUCCUCCUCUCAAUUCGACUUCAAGUCCUCGCAAUUUGAUCAAAUGGACCAUUUGCAUUAUAGACUAAAUUUUGAUCUAGACAAAAAUUUCAUCACAGCUUGAAAGAGCAUUAAAAAAUUAGUAAUAUUCCCAAGUUUCGUUGCGAAAUGUUGUAAAAUACGGAUAAUAUAGCUUUGCAAAGUUUGCCGUUUUUCAGUCAUUUUGUAUUACGCACGGGAAAUUGACAGUCCCCAAUCGGGUGUUGGGGCAUCAAUUUCCCGUUUGUAAUACAAAAUGACUGAAAAUUGCAAACUUCGCAAGGCUAUAUUAUCCGCAUUUUACAACAUUUCGCAACGAAACUUUGGAAUAUUACUAAUUUUGUGAUGCUCUUCAAGCUGUGAUGAAAUUUUUGCCUAGAUCAAAAUCUAGUCUAUAAUGCAAAGUCUAUAAUGCAACUUGAAAAUAAUCUAGUCUAGUCCUCAAAGUCGCAUUUGAAAUAUUACUUAUUAUUUAACAAGUACAGUAUAACUACAUCAUAAGGUUGUACGUUUUAUACUAAUUUUUGGCAUUUUCAAAAACAGUAGUUCAACGUUCAAACAUCAAUAGCGCAGUCAAUAUUGAAUGUAAAUUCAAGUGUUGUAUAUCAAAAUCUAAGAUAGUCCUUUCUGAAUGCACUGAUCUUUUAUUACAUUGCGAUAGUUUUUAUAGCUUGUACGUUACAUGAUAUCAAACAGUGUCCAGUUUUUUUUGGUACUGACCAAUUUCACAAACUAUGCACGACAGCCUCGAUAACUCAGUUGGCAGUUGCACUAUGUAAAUUAUUGGGGUGUAUACUAAUCAAUGUUUACUUGUAUUUUUACAGAACGUUUGUUGACUGAAAGGCAGAAAAGAUUUCGUACGUCCUUUACAACCUGUCAACUUGGAAGACUAGAAGAGGAAUUCCAAAACGAUAAGUACGCCGUGGGAAUGAAACGGAUGCGUCUCGCCAGGGAACUGGGUCUCACUGAGAAGCAAAUCAAGAUUUGGUAUCAAAAUCGUAGGAUGAAAUAUAAGAGAGUUUGCCAGCGUAUCCACAACAAAAGAAUGGCCGCUGUUAAUACCUACUGGUAGAUAACAUGGUCAGGAACAUGGCCAAAUGUAUACUAAGAGGCUAUUAUAAGGAAAUAUUUGCUGAAAAGAGCAUAUAAAACCAGCCAAGACUACGAGGCAUAAAUAGAAGUAAAAUGAAAACAUGUUUUCGCAUUUGCCCAACAAUUUUUUCAAGUUUAUUGUUACAUUCUCAUGUCUGGCGCAUGAAUUUAUUUCUGUUUGGUCACGACCCAAUCACCUACAAAAUUGCCGUUCCCAUACAUUGGGGUUAUCAACCCCAUCCCCACAUACACCUAUACCUACGCCCUACGACCCUAAUCACAAUCCUGAUCCUAAAGUGUAUGUUUGCGCUCGACACAAAAGGAUAUAACCAAGGCCAAGCUUAUCCAAAUGGAAAACCUAGGUUUUUAUCAUUUCCUCUUGUGCGCCGAGCCGAAAGCACGAGGUGUAUAAAUGUAAACAAAAACAGUUUCUGAUAGGUUGAAUUUUAUCAAGCUCUUGUCAGCAAAUUGUUCUGAUGAUUACGCCAUGUUUGCCAAAAUCAUGUUUUGUCUAAAGAAACUGUAUUACCACAGAAUACUACACAGAAGUCUAUCUCCAUUGUUUUUAGCGUAAGCUCUAUUCGUCAUGAUUCGUCACUCAGCAAGUACCGUAAACAGAAGCAGUCACCCCCCUGGACAUACGCCAUUUUUAGUAUUUCCAGGGGGGUGACUGCUUCUGUUUACGGUACUUGCUGAGUGACGAAUCAUGACGAAUAGAGCUUACGCUAAAAACAAUGGAGAUGGACUUCUGUGUAGUAUUCUGUGGUAUUACUCUACCUAAACGUAAGCUAUUAGUCAUAGAAUUAUCAUUUAGCAAAUGAGUUUGUAUAUAUCAUUAUUAAUUGUAAGCGUUCCAUAAACUAAAUAUUUAAAGAACACAAUAAACUUUUUAUCAAACCAUAAUAUACGUAAAUUUAAAAAUAUAGUCGUAUUUUUCAUAUAUAUAUAUAUAUAUAUAUAUAUUUAUAAUGUAAUUUACUUUCCAUACAUUUUUACCCAAAUUAUGUAAAAUACUUUGGAGAUUUUCGAAAAUGUACAUAGAAAUAUAUACAUUCUAAAUCAUACGUGCAUGCAUGAAUUUCGCCUGUAAAUAUUGCAUAGCUGCUUUGAAUAAAUUUAUCAG